UACUCCAUCCCUGCGGUGCUGCAAUUCGGCCUGUUCGGCGUGCCCCUUGUGGGGGCGGACAUCUGUGGCUUUGGAGGGAACACCACCGAGGAACUGUGUGUUCGAUGGAUGCAGCUUGGGGCCUUCUACCCGUUUAUGAGAAACCACAAUGACAAGUCGAACGCUCCUCAGGAGCCCUAUGUAUUUGGGCAGAAGGCCCAGGCAGCCAUGCGGAGUGCAUUGAACCUUCGUUACUCCCUUCUCCCUUUCCUCUACACACUCUUCCAUCAUGCACACUCUUCUGCUGCCACCGUGGCCAGGCCUCUCUUCAUGGAGUUUCCCACUGACGAUAACUGUCAGGCCAUAGACCGACAGUUCCUGUGGGGGAGUUCACUUCUCAUCAGCCCCGUCUUAGAGCGAGGGGCAGUAGAGCUGGCCGCCUACCUGCCCUCUGGCACUUGGUACAGCCUGCACAAUGGUCAGCCUUUCUACAGUAAGGGUCAGUACCUGCUCCUGCCAGCCCCUCUGGACACCAUCAACGCCCAUGUGAGGGAAGGACACAUUAUCCCCCAGCAGGAGCCUGCUUUGACAACCGCAGCCUCACGCAGAAACCCUCUCUUCCUGACCGUGGCUCUGUCAGCGGGCGGCUGGGCCCGGGGAGACUUGUUCUGGGAUGACGGGGACACACUUCACACUUUCGAAAUGGGAAAUUAUUGUUAUGUUAUCUUCACUGCUGGGCAGUCUCAGGUGGUGAGUGAUCCUCUCAGGCUGAAUGGGGCCCUGGAUGGUCUGGUGCUGGGAGGGCUGCAGGUGUUCGGGGUGCCCUCACCACCUUUAUAUGUAUUAGCCAAUGGGGACAAAGUCAGGGAUUUCACGUACCGCAGUGACACCAAGGUUUUGACAGUGACCAGCCUCGCGUUGCCGAUGUCGGAGGUGUUUACAGUCCAGUGGGCUCUCUGAUGCACUGAACUUUAUUACCGCUGAACUUUAGGCAGCCUUUGCAUUUACUACUGUAAAGAUCACACACCAGCUGAUUUCUUUGAGCCAUCCCAACCAUCCUGGAGCUCGAGAUGCACCUUAUGCUUGAAUUUGCCUCUUUUUCUAAAUUAGAUGCUCUGUAAGUAGCGUGUUUUUAAAAACAAAGGGAGCCAUCAUCUUGACGUGUCUGAUUUUCUUGCGAGGUCGUUUUUGCUGCUAACUGCUACACCGAAUCAAGACCAUGUAAUAUCUUGUAAAUGUAUAUAACUUCUAAGACUGUUUAUAUUUUGAAAUCGUGUUUAUAUGUAUUUGUAACUGAAGUGUAUUAUAAAAAUGUAUUUGUCUGCAGCGCUGCAUGUGAUAGCUUAUCAGAAGGUUUCAUUUGCUGACUGUUUACUAUGACGCUCCUAAGAUGUUGCAUAUACUGUUUCAUGCCGUCUCUGUAAUGAGACCCACAGUACCAACUUGUGUCAUUACUUUUUCUCAACAUAAUACAACAUGUAAGUGCAGUAGCAUUUGCGUGUACCACCAGAAUUGUACAUGAUUUAUUGAAUAUAUAAACAAUUUACAAUUCUACUUGAGAAUUUAUUUUUAGUUCAAAACAUCUAAAUCUAUAGGUUGAAGGCAGUAAUUUGUGUUUUGUUAAUUUAGCAAGGGGAGAAAUUAUUCAUUGCCUGAAACUAAAAACGGUUUUAAUUAAACGGACAGGUAAAGCCUCCAGCAUCUGUGUGACGAGAUGCUGUGACGAGAUCUCUGGUCCUGAUGACGGACCAUCCGCAUUCGAGCGUUUACCGGUGACCUUUAAAACGUCACUUGUGAUGAAAGAGAGUGAGCUCUUUAAGGAGGGGUGGGUCGGAUGAUGACUUGGGUUAAUGUAAAACAUAUAUAUUUUUCAUUUUAAAGUGCAGACAUGCCCUCGUGAACCUCCGUGUGUUCAUUCUAACGUCUGAACGUAACGGUUUGUGGGAUAUAAAGCCUUCACCUUCCGGAAGCAGCGGGAUUUUGGAGAUUGGUGUGGAGCUGUUCGGUCAAGUUAGACACGCAUGAGCAAGUAGUUACAGGAAGUAAGACAACUUUAGUUUACAAAUUA